AUGCCACCAAAACCACCACCGCCCACACAUUUCCUAUGCAUACCACUAUCCGGUCCCCAGCUGAGCCGGAGCUUGUCAUCGUUCAAGGCCGACGUCAGCGGCGUCGGCGCCAGCAGCAAGAGAAGCACCGUCAUCCCUGAGCAGGCGGUGCGUCCACCGGGGACUCUCCACCUGACGCUCGGCGUCAUGAGCCUGCGUGAACCGGGAGCUAUAUCUCGCGCCAUCACCGUCUUACAGAGUAUGCGUCUACGAGAUAUCCUCGACAAGGCUUCGGCACAGCAAGAGGGAGGGGACAAGGAGGGGGAGGAACGGCCACCCUUGUCGCUGACGAUGCGCGGUCUCGAAGCCAUGCGCAGAGCAUCAGCCACAACGGUGCUGUACGUGCCGCCCGUGGAUCGGGGAGGCGUUCUGCGGCGGUUCUGCGAGCUGCUACGCCAGAGCUUCCUGGAUGCCGGGGUCAUGGCAGACGACAGGAGGCCGCUCUUGCUGCAUGCUACGGUGGUGAACACCAUCUAUGUCAAGAAGCAGCAGCAGCAGCAGCAGGAUGACGGGCAGCGGCGGCGACAAUCGAGGCAGCGUCUGGAGCUUGACGCACGCGACCUGAUUGCCCGGUACAAAGACUAUGUGUGGGCCGAGGAGCUGUCUGUGCGAACCGUGGCCAUAUGUCGGAUGGGAGCCAUAAAGGUUGAGGGGAGCGAUGGGGAUCAGGCCUACGAGGUGGAAGGUGAGAUUCAUUUCGACUAA